UUGCAGGAUAUGCUAGAUAAUGAGCAGACACGUCAAGGCAAAUUUUUUAAUUCCCUCAAGAUGAUUUGGGCAUUAACUAGUGAAAUACAGGCUAAUUCUUCAGGGAACAUCACAAAGCAGGGAAAAUCAUAAAUUCCUCCUACCGAAGAAAACAAAAGAAUCAUUUGAGAAAAGAAAAGCUGAUACUUUACUCGAGGUAAGUGGAUAAGAAUGGUCUUUCAUUCUGAUUGUCACAUGGAUUUUGGUCAUUUACCGAGACUCCUGACUGCAGACACCAUUAUGGCCACUCACAAAUUCUCUCUGCAACUUCACCAAAAAUAUUCGUUUUCUCUUUUGUAAAUUAAAAUUACAUGGAACUCUAUGUUGUUUUUAAGACAUUAAACCUUAUAAAUUAAGAGUGUGUCCCAGCUCUGUUUUAUUUGUGGGAGAUGCUAGUGGCAUUUGAUUACGGCAAAUGAAGAGGGAGAUAGAAACACAUCAAAAUUUCUUCACCAGUUUAAUUUAAUAUAAUAUUUUAUGGUUAGGCUUACUUUGGACAUAUAGCAUCAGGAAAGAAGAAUUGCUAGAAAAGGACAUCAUAUUUGGUACAGUAGGGGGCUAAUUGGAUGGUAAAGUAGAUGGACACUUCAAUGGAAUAGAUUGACACAGUAGGCAGAACAAUGGAGUCAAACAUACAAACGAUCAUGAAGAUGUCACAGGAAUGGAUGCCAUUUUGUUCUGUUAUACAUGGGGUCACCAUAAGUCAGAGCCAACUCAACAGCAACAAAUGACAAUAACAAGUUCAGGUUAGGAUGCCAGAUGUAACACAGAACACCAAGAUUCAUUGGGAUUUCACAAAAGGAAAUAUUUUUUUUCUAGAAUAAGUAUAAUAAAAACAAUACUGGAUAAAUAAAUAUUCUUUUAGUGUAAGUUUGUCCAAUGAAAUAUUUGGUAAAUAACAAAUAUUGUUAGUAAAGCGAUGUACCAUGUGCAUUUGAUGAACUUUAAAUGAUUUUUAGAUAAUAAUUUCCCAUGAAAACAUGCCAUUUUUGUUGUUGCUGAUCAUGAUAAUUAUGUUUGUUUUUGUUCCAAACUAGUUGUUUACUACAGGUUGUUCAGAAUGGGCAUUACAAAUUGGUGAUAUAGACUGGCAAAUAGUGUGAUUUUUAAGAGCUACAGUGUAUGAAGAACUCUCUGCACCUAAAAUAAUUCCUACCUAAUAUUAUCAUGUCUGAGGAUUAAAAAAUCAUUUAUUCAUUUAUAAACUUCUAUAUUCUGCCUACUUCAAUGAUGAUCCCUACCCAGAGAUAUUUAAAAUACACACAUUUAGAUGUCCAGAACAAAUCAGGGAUAUUCUUCCCCAAAAAGGAGAAUGAGCUGGGUCAAACAUCCAGACAUCUUCAGAGGGAGGUAGUGACUGACACUGAAGAUGUUAAGAGACUCAGUACACACUAGAAUAAUUCAUAGAGAACACUGAAGAAUUAAAGACAGUAGGAUGGAACUAGAAAUUUGAAUUUGUUUGCUCAAUCUAGUAUUCUACAGUAAAUAUCUAUGAUAUCAGGCCUUGUGAUAUAGCAAAUUUGAGAUAAAGUUUUCAAAUGCUGUUGGAGAGGAGAGACCCAUGAGGGAGACCAAAACUAAGUGCAGGAACAGCAGAAAACCUUUUCUAGGAAGAAGGGGUGAAGAUGAUUCAUAAUCUCCAGUAUUGCCCCCCAACCUUCCGGAUCAGGGUGGAAAAUUGAACCAAAAAUUUGCAGAUUCUUAGAAUUACUACCUGUCUCCUGAAAGUUCCAGCCAGCCACAGGUUAAAAAACCUAUCCUUAGCAGAUAUUUCCCUGUAACUUAUGUCAGGACUUCAGCUACUCCAUGCCACAUUCUAAGACCUUGUCAGGGUUCCAUAAGUUUCUACCUGAUAGUUUCACAGGCUAAACCUGGGCAUUCUACCACAUUAUAAUAAUUCUAUGGUAUAUUUUAUGUCACUGAGGAUUUGGAAAUCUACGUACUGUUUAAGUGAAAAUCAUGCGUACAGAAUACUAGCUUUUCUUUGAUAGGGCAAUGAAUUUGAGAAGAAGUUAAAAGGGAAUUCAAGUGGAUUAAGCUAAAGAAACUUCAUUACCUUCAGUCAGCACAGGUCCAUUGUGAUUAACUGUUUUUCUUUGUAAAAUUUUAUAAAACGAAGGGGCUGGUGUUAUUGCUAGGACUUUUGGAAAUCACAGUCCUUUAACCUAUGAAUUGCCAAUUGUAGAGCUCCAGAAGCAAACUGAUAAUUUGCAAUACAUGAUGUUAUAAAUGCAAACAUAUGUAUUCCAAAUACCUUAUAGAGCCUCUCAUCUCCACGUUGUUUCUUAUGUUAGAGGAAAUAGACCAUACACAAUUACAUGGUCUAAAUCUCUGAACAUUGAUAUAAACCAUUAAUUUUAACAGGUAUGGAUGCAGAUCUGUGUCUUGAAGAGCAUACAAAUUUGAAGAUUUUCAUUAAAACAAGCAAUAUAAAUCCAAACAGAAGCAGAAAUGUGAAUAGUUAUUUAAAUGAAAAAAAAUAGAAACAGAAUUAGAUUAUAAACAAAUUGAUCUGGAUGACAAACAUUAUUAAAUGAAGAAAUACAAACUUUCAUAAAUUAAAUGCAAGACACAUUUUAGCAUACUGGGUGGUAGGCAUGUUCUUAGAAGCUAUUCUAACACCAGAACAAAAACAUUAUUAAAUUAUACAUGUCAUUGUUUUGAACCAUAAAAACAAACCUUCUUAGCCUCAAAUAAAGUAUCAUUAACUCAAUUCCCAUUCAUUUUGACCCCAGAAAUGCCUAUUGACAUUUGGUGAAGUGUAAUGGAGAGGAUGUCAGAAUGGCAAGAGAACGUGCCUUUAACUGAUCAUGGUUAUAAUAUUUUACUUUCUCAACACUUACAAAGAUGAAUCACCCUGUGAGUGCAUUGUUAAGGACUCACUGAAGGUCUUGGAAGAGGACAGGGCAAAUGAGGGGCCAUAAAACUGGUGUUUCAUUAACUUCAUGUUAUCUCUUUCACUCUCUUUAAGAAUAUCAAAAUCUUACAAAUAUUCUCAGACAAAAAACAGAAGUGUAUUAAAGUAAAAUGGUGAUGCCAUUGUGUAAACAAGGUAAAAUAUAUUUCUCCAUUAACAAAAUCAUGUGUUUGUUACUAAUGAAUAUAAAUAACAAAUAAUGUUAACCUGAUUCAGAAUUUAAUCCAUGCUGUAUCAGUAAAUAAUGUGUUUUAUACAGAUUCCUCGUAUUCUGGAAUGAAGGAGGUUCUAAAGAUUAUUUUAACUUCAAAAUAAGACGUAGGAAUUGUUUUUCUCCCCACAAAUAUAAAGUAAGAAAGCAAUGGUGGUUCGGGGGUAGAAUUCUUGGCUUCUCUUUGUUUACACGGGAGUCUAUGAAAGAUAAUACCAACCACUCUGGGUUUUUCCCCCAGAAAAGAUAACUGAACUAAAUGGACCAAAAGAACCUAACGGUGAUGACUGAAUUCAUUCUAAUCAGAGUCACAAGGCGCCCUGAACUGCAGCUGCCCCUUUUGGGGGUCUUCCUCCUCAUCUACAUGAUCACAGUGAUGGGAAACCUAGGCCUGAUCAUCCUGACCAAGGUGGACUCCCACCUACACACGCCCAUGUAUUUUUUCAUCAGACACCUGGCCGUCAUUGAUCUUGGUAAUUCUACUGUCAUUUGUCCCAAGAGCCUGGUAAAUUUUGUUGUGCAUAAAAAUACCAUUUCCUAUUAUGAAUGUGCCACCCAGCUGGCUUUCUUCCUUUUGUUCAUUGUCAGUGAAUUUUUCAUCUUGUCGGCCAUGGCCUAUGACCGCUACGUGGCCAUCUGUAACCCUCUGCUCUACAAUGUUAUCAUGUCCCCAAGACGUUGCCAUGUGCUUGUGGGUAUUGCGUACCUCUACAGUACCUUUCAGUCUCUGAUGUUCACCAUUAAGAUUUUCACAUUGACCUUCUGUGGCUCUAAUGUCGUCAGUCAUUUCUACUGUGAUGAUGUUCCCUUGAUACCUAUGCUCUGCUCAAAUGCACAAGAGGUACAGCUGUUGAUCAUAAUGUUUUCAGCAUUUAAUCUGAUUUCCACCUUGUUGGUUGUCCUCCUGUCCUACCUGCUGAUUCUGAUAGCCGUAUUUCGAGUGCAUUCUGCUGAGGACAGGAAAAAAGCUUUCUCCACAUGCGGUUCUCAUCUGACAGUGGUGGUUGUGUUCUAUGGGACUCUAUUCUUCAUGUGUGUGCAGCCCAAAUCUCCUCAUUCAUUUGAAACUGAGAAAAUAGCCUCUGUGUUUUACACUUUAGUCAUUCCCAUGCUUAACCCCUUGAUCUACAGUUUAAGGAACGAAGAAGUAAAAAAUGCCUUCCACAGGAUCAUUAAGAAUCCAUGAAAUCUUUGUAUUUAAUAUUCAAAAUGCAAUACUGUUUCAAGACAAAUAUCUC